AGAAAAUCUCACCGAUUCCAUUUCCAAUAUUAUUUUCUUCACCAAGAACACACACAGUUACACACAGUAGAAGGUGUAGAGAGAGAAAGAUGGGAAGCAAUUACUAUGGAGAUGGAGGGUUGUCUUCAACAACAUCAUCAAGAAAGGGUAAAAAGGGAAAUAACAAUAAUAAUUCAGACAAGCCGAAGCAGCCGCAGAGAGGGCUCGGCGUGGCUCAGCUUGAAAAAAUUAGGUUACACACUCAGCUCGGCUGCACUACUUAUCUUCCUCCUCCCUCUCUUCAUCACAAUUUUCCCCCCAGUUUUAAUCAGGAGGAAAUAAGACUGCAAACAGCAUAUCCUUCACAAUCUUCAACUCCUUAUGGCUAUCAAUCCUCCCAUGGUGUUAUGAUGGGGUUGUCGGAUUUAGAUAGGACGACGAUAAGAUACGAAGAUCAUGCGCAUUCCAGCACUAUUAAUCCAAGAUGGCAUCAGGGAAAUAAUCAACAUUUUCCAGAGCCAAUCAUUACUCGGCCCUUCUUUGAUCCCAUUGUUGAGGGAUCGAUCAGGAACCGAAACAAGAACGACAGGAACGAGAAUCGGGAAUCUAGGAGCUCCGAAGAGAUAGAUUUGGAGCUCAGACUCUCACUUUAAACUAUAUUUAUUUUAUUUUUAUAUAUAUAAAUAAUCUUGAUUAUUGCAACCUAGUUUGUUGAUUUAAAUUCCUACUUGUGCUUGUAAGUUGAGCAUAUAUCAAUGUUUUAAUUAGUAUCAAAGAUUAAUUAGAAAAAAAAAUUAUCUGCA